AUGUCUGAUAUAAGCAGACAUUUCGACACCGGGGCGAUCCUGCUCACUACCUUCGGGACGCUCACGCUUCUCGUCGCUUUCUUGGUAACUCUCCUCCGGUACUGUCUGCAGUCUUCCCACCAGCGUCCGCUCUCUUACUUGGAUAACCUCUGCGUUGGAAUGGCCUGGAUCCUCAGUCUCAUCGGCAUCAUCUUCUCGAUAGCAGAGCAAACCGUCACACCCACCAACCUUCCCCUCCGAACUCGACCAGUUCACGCAGUCUCUCUUCGCCGCCUCCGCCAUCCUGGGCAAGCUAUCGGGUGUUUAUCGGCGUGGCCCCUCGUCCAAGACGUCCGGCACGUGAACGCCGUCGUCGUCAUCCAGGGCGCCAUGCUGUUCCUCGUAUACCCUCUAUGGAUCAUAGUCGUGCCUGCGACGUGCGGCGAGUCCGCGUGGUAUCCCAUGUUCGCCUCUUACGCUCAGUGCUCGAAUAAUACCGUCCGCGCGCUCUUCGACUGGGCUCGGUCUUUCUAUGAGGUGUUCACCCCGAUAAUCCUCACGGGCUUCCCGCUGCAGAUGGCUCUGAAUCCUAACACCAGGGCCACCAUGCGAAAACCGUUUUACGUGCUCGCAGGAGCUUCUGCUACCACCGGUGCAUUCAUGUGGGCACGAGCAUGGAUGUCCCAAUGGUUCCGUUACGAUAAGCAAUAUGUGCCCUUGAUUGCCAUCACAAUCGUCUCUAUGGUCGAGGCGAAUUUAGGCAUUGUGGCUGCGAGCGUACUGCCUAUCGCGUUGCAUCGCUCAAAGCUACUGCCGCCUGUUCAAUCCACAAGACCCCACCAUAGGAGGUUGCCAGUACUAGAGGAUGACUUUGAGUGGAUUCCUUUGACCGAUGUGCCAAGAGCACACACGCGCGGAGUGUAA